UCUUUUAUAUCUGAAUACUUUCCCUUUUAAUAUUAAUUAUCGUAAAAUUAAAUUUGUGUGUGGUGGCUAUAAAAUUUUUAGAUUGUUCGUUAUUUUUAAUCAUUUCAAAUCCGAAAUAAUGGUAGUUGUAGUUGUAUGCCCUGUUGUCUAGCCGCCAUAUUUACUGUAGAUUUCUUUGUUUAAAAUUUAGUAAAAAUGGAAGCAAAUAAUAGUAACAAAUCGCGUGUACCAUAUACUGAUAAUACAUCAAGAGAUGGAACAUCAUCAGCAAUUUCUAAUAGUCAGUGGCAUGAUAAUCACAGGGAACAUAGACGUGAUCAUGGUAAAAACCGGGAUCGUAGCAGGGAGAGAGAAUGGACUAGGGAUAGAAGUAUUUACGGGAGAAAUAGAGAGCACUUUAAGGAAGAAGAAAAUCGAGAAAGAUUUAAAGAAGAAACACAGCAGCCACUGCCACUUCCGCAACAGCAGCAGCAGCAGCAGCAGCAGCAACAACAACCACCACCACCACAACAACAACAACCACCAGCCUCUGUUUUUCCUUCUUAUGGGUAUAAUGCUCCUGAACAUUAUAAUGUUGAUAAUCGCAGAGCAAUGUCUGUAUCUACUAUGAACUCGUGGCACAGUUUAAUAUCUGCUAUGAAUUCAUGGCCAGGUAUGACUCCUUUAGAUGGUAUGGGCAUGAGUCAAAAUUUACCUGUUAAUCCUGCUGCAUCAGGUAUUCCAAUGACACCAGGUAUGGAAAUGGGCACUACUUCCACUUCAGGUAUGAAUCCAUAUGCGUAUAUGGGUGUGGGAGCAGAUAAUAAUAUGUUUGGAAUGAUGGGAAUGGGGAAUUUUUGUCAGUAUGGUAUGAUGAAUGGUCAGGAAAAUGUAAUGAUGCCUCCUGUUAAAGAAAUCAUACAUUUAUCUAAAAGUGUUCUUUAUCCACCAAAUCCAAAUGCACCUCCGCCAACCACACGAGACAAACCUCUGGGCUGUAAGACAGUUUUUGUGGGUGGUUUACCUGAAAAUGCCACAGAAGAGAUUAUCAAAGAAGUAUUUGAGCGUUGUGGUGAAAUUCUUACAGUGCGUAUGAGCAAAAAGAACUUCUGCCAUAUUAGAUUUGCAAGUGAGGCCUUUGUUGAAAGUGCUAUUUUUUUAUCAGGUUAUAGAAUCAAAAUUGAAAAUAAAGAUGAAGCUGCAUAUACUGGAAGGUUGCAUGUUGAUUAUGCACAAGCAAGGGAUGACCAGUAUGAAUAUGAGUGUCAGCAGAGGGCAUUACAAAGAGAAGCUCGUCAUAGAGAACGUUUGGAACAAGAAUAUUUUCGACCGCCAACACCCCCACCUGUAGUCCAUUAUUCAGAUCACGAGGCAACUAUUUUAGGUGAAAAAUUACGAGGGGAGGAUACAUUCCAGCAAGCUGUCUUUAUUUUAAUAACUUGGCUAGAAAGAGGUGAAUGCAGUAAAAGAAAUGCUGGAUUUUUUUAUUCAAUGAUUCAGAGCACAAAUAGUCAUGUAAGAAGGUUAAUGAAUGAGAAGGCAAAAUAUGAGCAGGAGCUAGAAACUGCAAGGAAGAUGCUGAAGCAACAAAUGCAAGGCAUUUUGCUACAGUUUAAUGAAAUUGGGAAAGUUUUCAAUGCUGCUAGUUUACAAAAGGUUUGGGAUCAUUUUACUAAAGCGCAAAGGAAAAACAUUGAAAUGUGGAAGAAACAGACAGAGGAAAUUAAGAAUGCUCAUGUUGAGGAGGUAUUGAAUGAUCGUAUUGAAGAUGAAAUGGAGUUGAGUGAUGAUGAGAAUUCAACUAAGAAAUCUCAGGAGGAAUCUACUGAUGAUCAAAAAGAUGCCCUUACUGAAGAAUUGAAUAAAUUGCGUGAAGAAAAUGAUUCUCUUCGUUGUCAACUGGAAGCAUCACAAAAUGAAAUGAUGCUAAUACGCACUGAAAAUGAGCAAGAAAAAGAUUUACGAGAGCGACAUUUGCAAGCUAUGCGGCAAGCUCUUCAAGGAUUACAAAAAGAAGUUCUUUCAUUGAACCAGAAACGGAAUAAAGAUGAAGCAGAGUUGAAAGAAUUGCGUGCUUUUAAAGUGAGACGUCGGGAAACUUUGGAUAAGGAAGAUGAUCACAGAGAUAAUGAGAUAGAUCAUUCUGAUAAAGAUCAUGUGAGAGAUAGCUUAGUGUAUGGUACUCCCAGUUCAAGUUCUAACUUGACAUUAAAUGUCACUGAAAUGGAGGCUCGUUUAAUUGGAUUGGUAUCAACAUUCCUUAAUGUGCAUCCUUUUGGUGCUAGUAUAGAUUACAUAUGCUCUUAUUUGCAUCAGAUAGAUUGCACAAUUAGAGCCCGAGAUGUUGAAAGUUUGAUGAAAAGAUUUCCAUUGGUUUUUAAAGAGGAAUCUACUGGCAUAGGUGCUAGUUUAGAGAGAAAGUGGACCUUUUGUGGCUUUAAAACUGAAAUUUGACAGAUGUCAAUAUUUUCUCCCCAGUCCUCAUAUUUUAAGGUGGAAUUUUGAUAAUUAUAUUGUACAAAGAAAAUUCUAAAAUCAUUUUAUCUUUUUGGACUGGAAUUCAGAACUAAAUAAUUGCACAUAAAUCAGUUGUUGAAAUCUCAGAAUACAUUUGGUGUCUACUUACAAUAAAUAGUAGCUUUGCAUAGACAACAUCUGCCAAGGAUAACAGCUUUGGAAAUUGGGCAGUUCUCUACCUAUUACCUCCAUACAAAGUGGACUUGUGACUGAGAUUCAGUUCUUGGUCACCAGUUCCAUAAAAAGUAUUUGUUUUAAUUCAAGAAUUCAAAUGAAGUCUUAAGCACUUUCGUGACGCUGUGGACAUUUUCUUUUUUUCACAAGAGUUCCAGAAAGUAUGUCUCAUUUGUCAUGGGAAGAGCAAAAUACUAGUGGAAACUUAAAUAGUUGGAAGAAGAAAAUUUCAGUGUU